UUCGGUGUGGUGUGUGUGCAUUUGUAGUGUACAGGAUCGAAUCAUAAUGCGGGCGAUUCUAUUUCAGUUCUACACCAUUGAGACCAUAUUUAACCUGGCGCUCAUGUUCCUUCACAUAGACGGCUUUCUCUCGCAGUCCCUGGAUGCACUCACACUCCAAAGGCGGGUGGCUUACUUUUUUUACUGUGCCUGCUUCUACGCCUUUACGGUGGUGAUCGUCUUCGCGAGCAUCGACAACUGCACCGGGCACCGGCUCUCCCUGUGCGAGGAGAUCGUGCGCAAUGUGAUUGGCUUUGUGGUGUACGUGAUCAUUUCACUGAUGACGCUGGAGGAUGCGGAGCAGGACUUCAACGUUCUGGGCGUCAAUAUCCAUGACACAUUGGGCGUGGAGAAACCAGUGCACCCAUUCUUCAUCUACAUGCGAUACCAGGCGGCUGCCUCUCUGGCCUGCGGUGUGAUGUACUUGCUGCACGCCACCAUUGCCAUCGACGUGCUCCUGUCCAACGAAAGCGGCUCCUACCAAUACGACGACGCCGACGACAAUGAAGCCAGCGACUAUAUACCCGCGCGCAUCUACUUCAUGAGCGAGUGGGUGCAAUCGAAGCUGGAGCAGUACGAGUGGUUCCAGAGCUUCAGCCGCAGUGCUGCGAUCCAUGUGUGACGGGGGAGUUCUAGAAAUCACCGAAAUCAACACCCAUGACAAAGCUGCCAGAAAGAAAGA